AUGGCUGGGCUAAACAUAGUGGUAGGCUUCUUCAUAUCUGUGGUUGCACUGUCUCAGCUAAUUCGCUGGAUAACUAAGAAAUAUCUCCCUGUCAGGAUUUACAGAUGCACAAUCAGCGAGCUAGCCAGCUCUUUGCAGCUGUGUGCCUGCUACAUGGAGCUCCGCAUGUUAUUGGAGAUUGGCAUGUGGGGUGGAGGUUAUGGCCCUGACGUGGUCUCCACUCUUCUCUUCCUGCUGUUUUUAGCUCAUGGGUUUACCUUUGAUGGAGCAUCAGCCAACCCUACUGUAUCUGUCCAGGAGUUUCUGCUCCGGGAGGGCCCUUUCAUAGACACAAUAGUUAAACUGUUAUCUCAGUAUGUAGGUAUGGAGGCUGCUAGGUUCCUGACCAAACAGUAUUGGAUGCUGGAGUUAACAGAUUUCCACACAAUUCAAGUAAUGAUGGCAGAUGAUUGCAGUCCAUCUCUACAAAUCUCUGCAGCUCAGGGCGUCUUUGUCGAGGCAUUAUGUGCCUUCUGCUAUCAUUUGGUACUUUUCCGCUUCCAAAACUCAAGACCGGUCUACAGGAUACCAACAGUAGCUCUUACUGUAACUUUAUUGGCAUAUGCAGGUGCCUCAUACACAGCAGCUUACUUCAACCCAAUCUUGGCUUACGCCCUGACAUUUGACUGCUCUGGGAAGAGCCUUCAGGAGAACUCUAUAGUCUAUAUUGGUGGAUCAUUAGUUGGUAUGGUGGUGGCCCUCUUCCUGAACAAAGGAAACAUCCCUCGACUUUUCCAGAGGAAUCUACUCUACAGCCAGAAGAGCAAAUUCAGAACCCCAAAAGUGAAGAAUGUUCAGCCUAAAAGUAAAAAAUUAUCACAUCAUAAGGGUUCAGAGAAAAAAUCUGGAGAGGCAAGGCAGCAGAAAGUGGAGAAUGUGACACCAAAAGACAAAAGCAGCUGA